AUGACUUCAUGGCGAUAUAAACUUGAUUCACAGCUAUAUGGAACCUGUUCUGGACUUGACUUGGGGAGUGGAGUGCUUCUUUGGAAGGACGCGCAACAGCCUAUUGCAUAUUUCGAUUCUAUCAAAUUUCGAAGCUACUGUGAUGAGAGCAGACCAGUUUACUCUUCCUUCAGGAAAACCGAAAACUCAUUUGAAUAUCUGGACGAAAUUGCAGCGGAUUGGGCUAUCUUCAUGUCUGAUAAAAAUGAAAACGGUCAGUACAAGUAUAGCAUAUACGCUAUCACAUUAUCCUUUACAGCGAACUUCGUUAUUACACUUUUUCUGACCGUUAUUGUAUUCGUUGCCAUAAGGAAAAAGCCCUACAAAGGAGCCUCAAAUUUACUGAAACUAGGAAGUACGCUAGCGUCCGUGAAUUUGACUAUUUUCGUGGUGAAAGCUCUCAAGUCACUUAGGGAUAAUCACAUGGACAGAGGUGUCGUUUCAACUGAAAACGUCUUACGCCUACUUUGGAAUGACCUUACAUUUACAUCUAUUGACUUUAUCGUUGUACUGAUAUGUGAGCUAUGCCAGGUACAAAUUAUUAUGAGAUUAUUUUCCCGUGUCCAGGAGAAGAGAAUGAUAUUUUUCAUUGGUAUGCUUCUAUCAAUAAUAUCACAGAUCCUUUGGGCCAUUCCUACUUUUUCACAGUCUGUUCAUUAUUCAUACAUGGGGCUACAGUAUGACGGGGAAGGUUUAACACUUCUUUCACCUUUCGUUUACCUCUUUCGAAUUUCACUAGCGGCUUCUUAUGCCAGCAUCAUCUGCUCACAUAUAUUCACGAAGCGGCAUCUCUGUUUUCAAGAUAAACACAUGAUUAUAUUAACGCUCGUGACAUGCGUAAUUGUAUUAUUGCAACCAGGCUUUUUCGUGGCUGAUGUGGCCAAUAUAUGGAUUGACGACUUGAGUGAAAUUUUCAAUACUACCUGCUACGUGGGAUCUACUGUAAUCGUUUGGGAAUGGGUGGAUCAUGUACUCAUAUUGGAACGUAAGAUGCAGGCACAAAGCGUACUAGGAAGGCCCAUUUAUGAGGACGAACAGCAGGAUUAUUAUUUUGCCAACUACGCAUUACGGGUCCAGGAGGCCAUAUCGUCCAAUGAGGAUGAUGAUGCUCCAGAAUCACCAGUACAGACGAACUUUAAUUACAAGAAAGAAACAGUGUCCAAUGCACAAAACAAUAAAGUGGAAUUUAAUGAACCACAACGCAUGAAGGAUGUCGUACUUGAAAAAUGUUCAAAUAUACUUGAUGGUAUGCUAUAUUUUACGGACCAUUUCAUUGUCAAAGGUCUGAUGAUAAAGACGUUAAGUUUACAUUCUAGAAGUAGUGAUGAUCGUAAAAAGUCGAAGACAAAGGUUAGGCGGCGGAUAGGCUUAGAGCGGCCGAAUGAAGUUUAUGUAUAUGCUAUGAAAGACGUCGUCUUUGACUCGGACGAAGAACAAGAAAAUCCCAACAUGGAAACAAGAGAAGAUGUUGAGAGUGUUUAG